AUAUACGGGGGCGCUUAGCGAGACAGCAGCCAGCAGCAGCAGAAGCAGCGCGAUCGCCAGCGCAGAGCAUCAGCGGGCGAGUCAAACAAGACUUAAACAACGGCGAGUGCAGACGCGGACGACCACCGACGGAAAAGGGAAAAAUUGGAAUCGGAUUCGGACAACAGAAGAGAGUGAAGAGGUUUGAGCUUUUGAGCCCGUCCCUCCCUACCCUCCCCCUUGUGCUCUUGUGCGUGUGUGUGCGCGCUUUGGAGGCACAGUCGAACCCCCGUGCAACCCGUUUUGUCUGCGCCCCCUUAUACUUCUGGCGUACCGUGCGUGUGUGCUUCUUGCGUAUAAGUUUGUAUGUGCAUGCGUUCGUGAGUGCGUGCGUGCGUGCGUGCAAGGCUGUGUUGGAAACAAAAGUACAAGUGUCUUUGCAGGAAUGUGCCGCGCCGGAAUCAUCGGUCAGCGAAGGUGAAGUCCAAAAGAAGGUGUGUGUGUUUCUGUGCGUGUAUGUGUGUGUGUGUGUGUGUGUGUGUGCUGUAGCUCCAGAACAGUCAAACCAGGCAAGCAGUAGUAGCAGCAUCGGCAGCACCCGUGUCUUCUGGAGGAUGUACCGGCGGCCUUCUGUGCGGUUGUGCGGUAUGUGUGCGCGCGCGCCCAGUGUUCCACGGUUGUGCAUGGUGUUGCGUCCGUGGUCCCACUAACGGACGGAAGGAGUAGAAAAAGAAGAAAAAGAAGCAGAACCAGACGUAGUAAUUUCGUGUGGGGUGCAGGGUGUGCUCGCGAACUCGGAUCGCAUAAUAAAAAAAAUCUCCACUUAAGACCUCCUGUCGGAAACGAAGCGACCUCCGCCUCAUUUGGUCACCAUAGCCACGCACACACACACACACACGUUCCGCGUACACUCUCCACCUCUCCACCCAACCGCGUGCCCCGGUGCAAGAUGAAAAUACAGCGUCCUCGGGCACGGUUAUCGGGCUGCGCAUUGAACGAUCCUAAUACCGACGCCCAGCGAAAGCACCGCACCCACCCAAUCCAGCAGCAGCAGCAGCAGCAAGAACAACAUUAUCCGCAUUAUCGGCCGUGCCUCCAAACGGCACCACUGGCAGUAGUAUUGCCUUUGUCCUUCGGCUGCAUCCGUUUAGUGCACCGGCAGCAGGUGAGUGCGACGGUAGGUCGCGUGGCGAGGGUGCCUCCUGGCGUUGGUCGCCGCUCCAGGCAGUGUGCAGCACCGGCAGUAGCGGUGGCGGAGACGGUGACUGCAGGAGCAACCAUAGCUAUCGGACGACCCUGCCGCCGUGACGAGUGAGCAGCAGCAGCAGCAGCAGCAGCAGCGGUUCAACCUAGGAGAGGGGUCAGUGUGCGGUUGGGAGGAAGGAAGAAGAAUAGGAAACGCACGCUUUUGGCGAACGUAGAACGAAGAGAAGAAGCAGCAGCAGCAGCAGUGACGGGCCAAGGAACUGCGAACUGUUAGCGCGCCUCGCGCAAUUGAUCCUCGGUCACCUCUCCCCCCCCCUCCCUCUCCACUUUCAUCUCCUUAAAGAAGGACGUGAAGCGAGCGAGUGAUCUCACGGGGCAAGUAGGAGGAGGGGGCCUUACCCGGCCACCACCUUUCGCGUUUGUGUGCUUUUUUGUUGGUGCGUUUGUUUUUUGUCUCGUUUCGAGUGCGUGUGUGUGUGUGUGUGUGUGUGUGUGUGUGUGCUGGGUGUGAGAACGAGCAUUUCCGGCCACCCAGCAGCAUCUUUACCGUGAUCCUUCGCAAACGGGCGACACGCAUCGGCCAACCGGACAGGACUCGGUCGUCCGUCCGUUCGUUCGUCCAGCCUACCCAUCCAUCUAACGCAUCGUCAGGCACACGCGUUUGUGAUCGAGAAGCAACGAAAGCCGGAGCCGGUCGGUAUAAUUAGGUACAUUAUCAUUCUAACGAGUAGAGCCAACGAACGCAUCGAGUACGGAGAAGAAUCCCCAGCCACAGUCAGCCGGCGCACCCACUGUGUCUGUGUCCCCAGAAGAGCCAUCCUUCACCUUCGAAGCGAUGAACGCGAGAGCAGCGCAGCGGUUCGGUGCAGUACUGCUGUUAAUGCUGUCAUCAGUUGUGGUCCACACAGACUGUUGUUCGAGCAGAACGAUGCCGAAGGCCCGAGGCAGGCCGGUGUCACACUUUCGCGGUGUGAUCACAUCAAACCCUAGCAGCGCCACUAGCAGUCAGGAGACAACCAUCCGGCCGGAUGCCCCCUCACCGCCGAUUCCGGCGUCGCCCGAGGCGACCUCGACGGUGACGGGCGCGCGCAUCCCGCUCGGCGGAAAUGGCCAGCCCCCGGGCACCCCCCUCGGCACCAACAACGGUAGUAGCAGCACUGGCACCGGCAGCGGGCGGCAUGAUACGGCCGCAGGACCGCUGAUCGAGCAGCAACAGCCAGCGGAGAGAGCACCGCCACCACCGCAGCAACACCAGCGGGCAGACAAUGGUACGCACAGUGGCGACAAGGAGCAGCAGAUGCGUAUGGGCAAGUGUUCGCAGCUGUUCGAGGACAACUACUGCCUGAACGGUGGUCAGUGCUACAACUUCACCAUCGCCAACUCAACAAUGCCGACGUGCGAGUGCGCGGACGGAUUCAUGGGCGAACGGUGCGAGUCAAAGUACCUGGAUGGGACCUACCUGAGCAUGCGCAAGCCAAAGAUUCAGAUCGAAACGGCCGGCAUGUAUUACGGGGCAUUUCUAGCCAUGAUGGUAGUGCUCGGCGUGUUCUACUAUCUGCACUGGCUCGGCGUCGGCGCGCGUGUAUUCGCGCUCCCGGCCGGCUACCGGCGCGUACCAACCGAAGCGCGCGCCUGGCGCCUGCCCCGAACCUAGGCAGUAUCAGUACGAACGGAUUUGCCCCCACCCGCUCAUCAGUAAUACCUCGGUACGUCCCAUCCGACACUGUAGAACCAUAAUAGCAAUCCCAUUACACAAACGGCACACAAUGGUAUACACAAUGACACAUACACAAAUACGCGAAAACACAUUUACACUGUUAGGAUUUAAGCAGCGCAAGAAGUAGAAAUAAGAAAGGCGGCGAUAGGGCCACUUAUGACAAGUAAAGAACACAGCGUAUCGGUAUAGUGAGUAAGGAUAAGAUUGUAGAGAUGUAAGCAGCAACAACGGGUGUAGCGCGAUGGCGCAUCGUUUGGAGCAUCAUCCAAACACGAGAUGGCGGGUGGGCACCCCGGAGAGCUUAGCGACCUGAGUAGUAACACCAACAACAUUAACCACAAUGACGAAGAUGCAGACAACGGCUACGGCCACGGCGCCAACGAAUACGAAGACAAACACAUUGACGAUUAGAACGAAGAGAGGACUGGAGACUCUUGUAUGUGUUUGCAGUACCACAGAUCUAUCCAGCCGUCACAACAGACAAUAAUAGAGAGAUAUCAUAAGGCCUGUGGCAGGCCUUUAUAGACGGGCCACUGAAGCCAUGUCUCGUCUGGCUAAUUGGUGUGGGAGGGCGAACAUCAGCAGCGAGCAGUUGUGCGACGAGUGUGCGAGGCUAGGGAAACGCUUUAGGGGGAAUUACAAUAGUAAUGGAAAAGAUUGUGAGGGUCCAAUGUACACAUCCCGGCGUUGUUCUGUGUAGUUCGUUUUGGUUUAUCGUGUAUCCGGGAUCGCGGGGUUUGAUUAACAAAAAUUUAUACAGGACGGUUUUCGGCGAAGGUGACGCGUGACCAUAGUGACGAGACCUAUGGAAUCGAGGCAACAGACCAGUCAAAGGCUCCCUUAUCCUCUUUGCUCUCCUCACUUCCGAUCGCUUUUGCGCUGAUCUCAUAGAGGUCGUUCCCAAUCCCGGUACGGAUGAUUAUUUCUUCUCCUCACUAUUUGGUUCACUAUCACUAAACCGCUACUUUCGCACUUCCUUGUGUGUGUAGCCUGCAUACGUGGUUCUGUUGAGCCACGAGUUCAUCUUACAACUGCUCUCAACCCUUCUCUCUACAAACCAGUUGAACAGAAUAAACAAACGAUAAUGCUUCCGUUUAGUUUAUAAUCCAUUCUGCGCCACUUAAGCAUCAAAGAGUAAAUCGACACAGGCGAGACAUAUUAAUGAGGAAUAUCAAUAAAAAAGGAAGUUUUCGAAUGCACACUUGCAGCUGUUUGAUAUUGCGCUAGUCGCGGGCUAGAGAGCCACGAUCAGACUCGAGUUUAAAAAAACCGAGCAUAUCAGAGCUCCGUCUGAAUAUCGGGAUAAUCAUGUAUGUAAUCCAACGAAACAUCACAGAAGAAUUGUGGGAGAGUGCGAGGACGAGUUUUUUUUAACCAGAAUCCGCCGCAUAUAAUUGCAACAGUAUGUAAGGAGAGCAUUGCGAUAUGCUGGCUAGGUAGGGGAGCAGGAAUGCAGGAGUCGAAAAGCAGGAGAAGAUGGGAAUGCAAGGAAUAUAAAACAGCAUAGGAACUAGCAUUAAACGACAUGAUAGAGCGCAAUUUUGCGCAAGCGAUAGACUGUGUUUCGCUUCUUUGUUUUAAAUAUUACCUAAUGUUUAAUACUUAAUCGACCUCUCCGUCCUCUCCUUACCUCUCUAGCUCUAUUUGCCCUUGAUUACUUCAUCCAUUUUCCCGUUUCCUAUUGCUCUUUGGCACACGCGUGCAUACACACACAAUUUUUGAGCGUGUGUGUAUGUGUACUACCUACGCAGUCGUAAAAUCGUAAAAAACGCUGUCAACAUUUGGUUCCUAUCGAGAGUAUAAUGAUAACUUAAGAGCUAGGCAGGCAAUUUUAAGAAACUCGCGGAACGAAAACGCAGAAAGAAAGAGAAAGAUACUAUUGUAGUCGCUAAUCACACCGUUACAGCCCUGUGGUUCCUCUUUUGCACACUAGCAGUCCUUCGGCGCGCUGGAUUGCACUAGUUACGUGCCUUAGCUACCAGAAAGGGUGGAGUGGGAUACAAUGUAUAGGUAGCCUGAGGAGCAGUACAUUCCAAACAAGACUAUUGCGCAUUGCGGUUUUGGUUUUCUUUAGUGUCGCCUCGUAGAGUUUAAGUGUUUAAUCAUUACCAGAGUGGCCUGAACGCAUUCGGAUCGCGGCGUAACGCAUAAUUCGAAUUGGGAGCGGUUGGCCGGUUUGCGUAGUGAUGCGUUCACAAGUUCCCAUCGACCGAGCGGUAGGAAAUGAGCUGAACUGUCGAGUUCAG